AUGACAAGCCGUAACUCCCAGCAUUCCAAUCCCUAUCGCAGUCCCAAUAACAAUGUAACCGCCAAUACGUCUUCCACAUCCCCAUCCAGACGCCCACCAACGGCCAACACGGCCAACAAACCUCUCAACAACGACUUCAUGCAAAGCCUCAUCCGCGAGACCCGCGCCCGCGAACCAACGCGCACCACGCAGUCCCAAACCACCCAGGGCGCUCCCACAGGCGGCCUCAACGACAUCCUCAGAAUCGCACGCACCUCUGCCCCCCCAGCCCACGCACGCAACCCAGCUACACACAACCCAACGACAACAGUCAACUCCGUCCUCAACAGCCUAGGCGACGAGCUCGCGACCGGCUCCGUUGGACGAUCCAUCUCCUUACGCCUGCGUCCCACGCUAGGCCGCACGGUCGACGGCCUGCACGGCGACCCGACGCGCGGGUUCCGCAUGCUGGAGAGGAAAUGCGCGGAGAACAACGUCAAGGGCGACAUGCGGAGCCAGGAGAAACAUGUCCGGCGUGGCCAACGGCGGAAGAACGUCCGCAUCCUCAGGUGGAGGAAGCUGUUCUUGCAGGGAUUCAAGGCCGAGUUGGCGACCAUUCAUCGCAUGAGGAGGCAGGGGUGGUAG